UUAUGUAAUUAAACAGCAGCGCUGAAUCAAAAGUGGAGAUUUACUCUUUCAAAACCAGUCGGCAACUAAUUUUGACCAACUAAGUUUCUCUUUGGAUAAGUUCUAAUUACUGAAUUGCUUCCAGUCGAGAAAAUAAUUGAAAAAAUCCGAAAAGAAAAGUUAAAACAAGUUGUAGGCUAAUGCAUUUGCAGAUUAGUGGCAGCCUGCUCUGGCUUGCAGCUCUGGUUCUAUGUCUGGCAACCUUCAAUAGAACAAUUGUGUUGUCUUCGCCCAUUCCAGAUGAAGAUAAUGGUGACAUUGAGACGUUGGCUUCUGACCUGAUUGAAGUGAUGCUCAACCGACCGCUCCAAGGUCAACAAAAUUCACUGGAAGUGGGGAAGGCAGUCAAAAGACAGGAAGAGCUUUUAAAUGCAACAUUAGAAAGAUCAUUAGGAAAACGACAACAGAUGGAGGGAUGGUACGAAAACAAGACAGCCGUGGAGGAUGGAUUGAUGAUGGUUAAACGGGGCGAUGUCAUGGCGCUAGAGGUCAUUGACUUGGCUUCUAGGCAGCUGGAAACUGCUCUGCAAAAUGCCACUCUCAGUCUGGGUGCAGAGAAAAGACAGGCCAUAGAACAACAGGUCUUCGAAAACCGACAACUCAUCAAUGCAACAUUAGAGGCUGUCAAACGACAGUUGUCCACAUCUGACAAUGUCACUCUAAGAUUCGAACAGGGACUCAUGAUGACAAAACGACAAGUGCAAGACAUGUGGAAUGAUACGACGACAGAAAAACGACAAGAAUUGAAUAACUUAAAUGAAACAUUGGUCGAAAAACGACAAGAGCAGGAGUUUUUUAAUGACACUGUCAUGCAAAAAGGACAGGAGCUUGACAUGUUUAACGAUACUGUCAUGGAUAAACGACAGGAUACGGACAUGUUCAAUGACACAUCCCUAGAAAAACGACAAGAGUUCGCCAUGCUUAACGACACUGUCAUGGAGAAACGUCAGGAAAAUUACGUACUGAACGACACACUAGUAGAAAAACGACAGGAUGACAACGACACAAUCACAAUGAUCUUCAAACGACAAGACCUUUUGAGUCUGAAUGAAACAAUGGGGAUGCUAGAAAAGCGCCAGGCGUCCGGAUUUGACAAUGAGUCUGCUGAAGUUGUCGAGAAACGCCAAGAGAAUGGUGUUUUUAAUGAUUCUGGAAUCAUAGAAAAACGCCAACUCGCUGAAAGUUUUAACGACUCUGAUAUAAUGAAAAAACGCCAAGAGUCUGGACUUUUUAAUGGCUCUUCUGAAGUUCUGGCUAAGCGUCAAGAGUCUGGAUCCCUUGAUGAAUCUAGUGGGACUACUUGGAGGGAAGAGUGUAGUCGGGUAAUUGGAAACUGGUUGAGAUUGACAGAAAGACAGGUGGCUAACAUGUCUGCAGAUGGUCCAGCUGUGGGAAAACGAGGCGUCAAUGUGGGGGUGAGGGCGAUGGCUGCCAGAAGUCUGGCUCAGAUGAUGAGUCUACCUGAGACAGGUUUUGACCUUGACCUUGACAUGGACAGAGUGAAAGACUUGAUGGACCAAUCAGCAGAAGGAGUGAGAGAGGGGAUGGAGGAGGGCAAGGGGAUGAUGAUGGGGUGGUGGGACGCACUGAAGCAACAAAUCAAACAGGCCACUUUGGGGGGAGGGCCAGAGAGUGAGGGGGAGGAGGAGGAGGAGGGGGUUUGGUUCGACUCAAAUGGCAGAAGUGACUUUGACACCGAAGAUAACUGGAUCGGAUCUGACUAGGAAAUUGAUUUUGAAAAAGUCGCUGAAUUUCUGUUUUUCUCUGAUAAAAAGCCAGAAUUAAAAAAUUAUAGAUUAUUUGAAGUGCAAUACUACUCUUGGCUGGUCUAAUUUAAAAUAUUCAGCAACA